AAUUUACAUUUUCUUACACAUCUGUACAUCUCUAAGGGAUAACAAUUAGUAAUAUUUAGUGAGUCCUUAUUAUUCCUUGUCAAAGAACUUUAAAGAUAUCUUUUACUAGUGUUUCCCAACUCUGUUUAUCUUAUUCUCUUUGCCAUGCUGUUCUUGCUACACACCACCUGACUUGAGAUUGUAUAUUUCCUUAUUUUGGGGCCAUCAAUACUGUUCACUGCUAAUUCUCAGUCUCCACCUCAGUUUCUUUAUCGAGAUACGGUCUGUCUAAGUUUGUUUCAGACACUAAGACUUUUCUUUAUCAGUUGGCUUAUAGGACAGUUUGCCUUCUCCGAAACCAAAUUUCUAUUGCUAAUUUAUUUCUUAUGUCAGACCUGGUUUUUCCCUCUAACUGUUUCAUUUUCCCUCUCCUCUGGCUGUAUUAUAGAACUACUGCUCAGGGAGAGGUGUUUGAAACUCCUAGUGCUGAGAAGUGUCACUUCCUGAUGGAAGUCUAUACUGACCCCAUUGAGUAGAAAUAUGGACAUGUCAUAUUUCUCUAGUAUUUCAUCAUUGAAUCUAUACCUCUCUUUUCUCUCAGUUCUUCUCUACCCACACCGAAGCGUGAUUUAAGGAGUGCUUCUCUUUAACCAUUCUGUGAACGGUAUUUUGCAAACUAUACAAGGACACUAUUGACCCAAAUGUAUAUCUUUGAGAUACUAGGCUCUUACUUAUAUUAUUUUAUGUAGCAUGAGGCUUCUUGUUACUUAAAGUGCAGUGCUUUGCUUUUAUUUGUUUGUUUGUUUGGCUACUUACUAAAUUGGAAAUGCAAUACCAAAAAACCAGGAUAGUAUAUAGGUAACCACUGUUUCUUAAAUCCAGUGCAAGAGCACAUGGAAGAAAAGGUAUUCCAGAAAUCCAAAUGAGCAUCUUUUCUUCUCCAGGCCUCUACCAGUGCCCUCUUUUACUGAUUGUGGUACUCUAAUUCGUUCUUGCUGUGUUUGGUAGGCAGCUGUUUUGAGUCUUUCCCUUGCUGCUCCUUUUUCUGCAAUCCUACAAUCUUCACCCCAGAGCUGAUGAGGCCCUUUCAUUUUGACCUGCAGUAUCUCCGUGUACUGCAGAGCUGAGCCCUGCCAUCUCGACUGCCUUUCUGCUUCGAUUUGCUCCUGACCUAAACCCCCCUGCUAUUCCAGGCCUGGCCUCUCAUGACCAGAGACUGCUGACUCAUCCCGGCCUGUGCCAAGCUGUGCAGUCGCUUAGCGAUGUGGACAGGAGUCGAAGGACUAGAAUGAGAUCACUGAACUCAUUUCACUUGUUGCUUACGGUACAGUCCAGCAUGAGCUGGAAAUGUAGGAACCUCAGCCUCCCGAGCAGAAAGACACUCUGGAACACUGUGAACUCGACAAACUAAUCAGAGCAGGGAGCUUAGCAGCCAGGCCUGGAUACUCUCAAGAGACUGUGCUGAUUCUCAGUCGACACUCCUUGGAUCAGGAACCACAGUCCUGCAGUGACUGGCACUUUUCCUCCACGUUUUGAGAGAAAGAGAAUUGGCUGGAAUAAAACCUUGCUUUCCGUAUGGUCGACUCGAAAUACUGCAUUGAAAAGUUCCUUGACCAUCAGUCUAAGGCCUGCUUCUUCUCUUCAUAUGCAGUCGCUCUCUGUUCCCUGCCCCAAUGAACAUCUGCACUAGGCCCAAGCCUUGGAGUGAUUUACCUGAAGAGUGACACCGUUUAUUUGGAAACUACUAUGAGGAAACUGAAGCCCAGAGAGGUGAAGUGAGGUGCCCAAGGCCACACAGCAAGUUAGAGGCACAGCUAGUACCAUAGCUCAAGUCUCCUGACUCCCAGUCCAGUGCUCCUCCCAUUACUCCACGGGUCCUGACUCUAAGCUUCCUGACAAAUGCUAGAACGGAAGAAACCCAAGACAGCUGAAAACCAGAAGGCAUCUGAGGAGAAUGAGAUUACUCAGCCGGGUGGAUCCAGCGCCAAGCCGGGCCUUCCCUGCCUGAACUUUGAAGCUGUUUUGUCUCCAGACCCAGCCCUCAUCCACUCAACACAUUCACUGACAAACUCUCACGCUCACACCGGGUCAUCUGAUUGUGACAUCAGUUGCAAGGGGAUGACCGAGCGCAUUCACAGCAUCAACCUUCACAAUUUCAGCAAUUCCGUGCUCGAGACCCUCAACGAGCAGCGCAACCGUGGCCACUUCUGUGACGUGACGGUGCGCAUCCACGGGAGCAUGCUGCGCGCACACCGCUGUGUGCUGGCAGCUGGCAGCCCCUUCUUCCAGGACAAGCUGCUGCUGGGCUACAGCGACAUCGAGAUCCCGUCUGUGGUGUCGGUGCAGUCAGUGCAAAAGCUCAUAGACUUCAUGUACAGCGGUGUGCUGCGCGUCUCGCAGUCGGAAGCCCUGCAGAUCCUCACGGCCGCCAGCAUCCUUCAGAUCAAAACAGUCAUCGAUGAGUGCACACGCAUCGUGUCACAGAAUGUGGGCGAUGUGUUCCCGGGGAUCCAGGACUCGGGCCAGGACACGCCGCGGGGCACUCCUGAGUCAGGCACAUCGGGCCAGAGCAGCGACACCGAGUCAGGGUACCUGCAGAGCCACCCGCAGCACAGCGUGGACAGGAUCUACUCGGCACUCUACGCAUGCUCCAUGCAGAACGGCAGCGGCGAGCGCUCCUUCUACAGCGGUGCGGUGGUCAGCCACCACGAGACUGCACUCGGCCUGCCCCGCGACCACCACAUGGAAGACCCCAGCUGGAUCACGCGCAUCCAUGAGCGCUCGCAGCAGAUGGAGCGCUACCUGUCUACCACCCCCGAGACCACGCACUGCCGCAAGCAGCCCCGGCCCGUGCGCAUCCAGACCCUGGUGGGCAACAUCCACAUCAAGCAGGAGAUGGAGGACGAUUACGACUACUACGGGCAGCAAAGGGUGCAGAUCCUGGAGCGCAAUGAAUCCGAAGAGUGCACGGAAGACACUGACCAGGCCGAGGGCACCGAGAGUGAGCCCAAGGGCGAAAGCUUUGAUUCGGGCGUCAGCUCCUCAAUAGGCACCGAGCCCGACUCAGUGGAGCAGCAGUUUGGGCCCGGGGCGGCACGGGAUGGCCAGGCUGAACCCGCCCAACCUGAGCAGGCCAUGGAAGCCCCUUCAGAGGGCGGCCCACAACCACACCAGUUAGAGACAGGUGCCUCCUCCCCGGAAAGAAGCAACGAGGUGGAGAUGGACAACACGGUCAUCACUGUCAGCAACAGCUCCGAUAAGAGCGUCCUGCAGCAGUCUUCGGUCAACACGUCCAUCGGGCAGCCUUUGCCAAGUACCCAGCUCUACUUACGCCAGACAGAAACCCUCACCAGCAACUUGAGGAUGCCUCUGACCUUGACCAGCAACACACAGGUCAUUGGCACAGCCGGCAACACCUACCUGCCGGCCCUCUUCACUACCCAGCCCGCGGGCAGCGGCCCCAAGCCUUUCCUCUUCAGCCUGCCACAGCCCCUGGCAGGCCAGCAGACCCAGUUUGUGACAGUGUCCCAGCCCGGCCUGUCGACCUUUACUGCACAGCUGCCAGCGCCACAGCCCCUGGCCCCAUCUGCAGGCCACAGCACAGCCAGUGGGCAGGGCGAAAAAAAGCCUUAUGAGUGCACUCUCUGCAACAAGACUUUCACCGCCAAACAGAACUACGUCAAGCACAUGUUUGUACACACAGGUGAGAAGCCCCACCAAUGCAGCAUCUGUUGGCGCUCCUUCUCCUUAAAGGAUUACCUUAUCAAGCACAUGGUGACACACACAGGAGUGAGGGCGUACCAGUGUAGUAUCUGCAACAAGCGCUUCACUCAGAAGAGCUCUCUCAACGUGCACAUGCGCCUCCACCGGGGGGAGAAGUCCUAUGAGUGCUACAUCUGCAAAAAGAAGUUCUCCCACAAGACCCUCCUGGAGCGACACGUGGCCCUGCACAGUGCCAGCAACGGGACCCCUCCCGCGGGCACACCCCCAGGAGCCCGAGCUGGUCCCCCAGGAGUGGUGGCCUGCACGGAGGGGACCACUUACGUCUGCUCCGUCUGUCCAGCAAAGUUUGACCAAAUCGAGCAGUUCAACGACCACAUGAGGAUGCAUGUGUCUGACGGAUAAGUAGUAUCUUUCUCUCUUUCUUAUGAACAAAACAACAAAAAAAGAAACAAAAAAAAAAAAAGCUAUGGCACUAGAAUUUUAAAAAAUGUUUUGGUUUCGUUUUUAAUUUCUGUUUUUGUUUUUGUUUAGUUUCAUUUUGUACUACAUGAAGAACUGUUUUUUGCCUGCUGGUACAUUACAUUUCCGGAGGCCUGGGUGAAUAGUAGUUUUCCCAGCCUCCCUCGGAUGGUGGCCUUAAGGCCUGGUAGUGCUUCAAGAGGUCCACUGGUUGGAUCUCUAGCUACUGGCCUCUAAAUACAACCCUUCUUUACAAAAAAAAAAAUCUUUAAAAAAAAAAGUAAAAAAAAAAAAAACAAACUUUUUUUUUCA